CCCAACCUGAAAGAGCAAUAGAAAGGAGAUCCAUCUUUAUCAGUUCUGAUAUGUCUCAGUUUGUUUUUAGCACCUAUCUACUCAGUAGCACCUACCUUCUGCGCCUCUACUACGUUUUUCCUGGACACUACCUACCCGCCCAGAAAUGGUGUGCUGCUGUUUUCAUCGGAAGAUAGUGUCGUCGAUAUCAAAGGCGGAGCAAGUCUAGACUGUGACUCGAUUUAUUCGCAUUUUUUUGUAGUGGCCCCCGCGGUCUCAACGAUUCAAUAAACAUUCGGCGGGACGACCAUGCAGCAAGGUGUUGCGCGCACCGUUCGGUCCGUCGCAACCGGGAGAAGCGGGAGAUCAGCUUCCUCUUCGGUUGUGCGCUCAUCGCGCGCUACUGGCACCAGUAUCGCAGGGACCCCCCGGCUAGCUUGGACACCAGCGGUGCGGGUUCCUUCAUCAGCGACGGACCAAGAAUUAUGUACAAGGCAUUUGUCCACAACAGCCUCGGCGUCCUCGUCAUCUUCGCUGUGGCUGAAAUACUCCACCUCGUCAUCAAAGGGCCUGUCUGGAACUUCCUUUCUAGACCGUUCCGCUCACAGACCCCCUGGGCUUUCUCCCACACAUAGCAGUUGUGCAGCGCCGCGUUCUUCCCCAUCGUCUCCGAGCACUGCAGGGUACUCCACUACGUCCGUUCGCGGUUUCGGGUCUGCCAGCGAAGUGGCAAAUCAGGAAUCAAGACCAGCCGCAUCUUCGCUGGGCGACGGAAAGCAGCUCCAGGGUGAUGCCCCGCGUUUCAAAGUUUCCAAAGAAACCAGACGAAAGAUAGCAGAGGGCGGAGGCAAAAAUGGACUUUCAAAUGGCGAAUCAAGCAACGGGAACGGCGCGGCACAAAAAAUGGGUACUAAUGGCGCAUCGAGUACCGGUGCGGCGGCCGGGGUAAGUAGUUCUUCAAGUAGUGGUUCUCCACGUGAGGGAUCAUCGUCUACCGUAGCGGAGGGGGAGCCCCCACACAGCGCCGCUGUCUCUUACGACUAUGGAUCAAAACGGCGCACGCAGGCCCGCAAGGCACUCCGCGAGUACUUGAGUCCCCAGGGCGUCAAGGCGAGUUUCAGUUUUUGCAGUGUGAAGGCCAAAGACUAUGCCAUAACGGUCGCUGGGACCGUGGGGAAAUACACGAAGAUAGUAGCAAACGGAUUCCUCAAACUUGCGCGGGAUCCGGGCGUAGCGAAAAUCUGGUGGAAAGACACCAAGCACGCAGUUCAGCACUUCAUCGAGUGGAAUAAACAAGGUACAUAGAAUGGCCACGAGUGCUUUUGAUUCAAACUCAAUUUUUGAGCUGGAGUCGUCGCACGAUUAAUGAGCAUGCUGGUCUUCAAACGUACUAUGUGAUGACAUGAAGAAAAUGUUGAGCUUCUAGGCAACAGUAAAGCCUACUGUGUGCGUACUAGAAUCAAUGGCUGUCGCUCGAGCACCUCCAAGCACGCUUUGAUUUUGUUUUCAGCGAGACGUUUCUACCACAGGUUUUGGUUUACUGAUGGCGAAUGUGAAACUAGCCAAGCGGCUGAUGCGCAAGAAGUUUCGCGGCCACCAGCUAUCGUACCGAGACCGCAAGAUGCUCGUUCGGACCCUCGCGGACAUGGGGAAAUUGAUACCCUUUUCGGUGUUCAUCAUCGUGCCAUUUGCCGAAGUCUUUUUGCCUUUUGCCCUGUACCUCUUUCCCAACCUGAUGCCCUCAACUUUCCUGGAGCGGGGCGAGCGCAACGAGAGCAUGGUGAAAACGUUGAAAGCUAAAAAGGAACUUGCCGUUUUCUUCCAAGAGGUCGUCGACGAAACGACCAAGGAAGCUAUCUUCCAAGCCUCCACGGAAACAGAAGAGGGGCUCACGCUUGAGGAAACGAAAGCGGAGUUCAAUGCCUUCCAGGCGAAGCUCGAAGCUCACGAAUUUCCCACCGCACAAGAGGUACUUUUCUUGUACCUACGAGUGAGUAGUUUCCCGUUUGUUCCUGCUGCACUGGGCAAAACAGAAGCAUAUUUUAUUAAGCUGCAGCGCCAAAAAGGCCGAAGUGGUACGAAGUCGUUCGGUACAAAGAAAUAUCAUUCUCCAACAGGUGUUGCGGUUUUCGCGGAUGUUUGGGCAGUGGUUCACUUUCGAAAAUCUACCGGAGGAGAAGCUGCGCAUCAUGGCCGAUAUUCUUGGUGUCGACGACACCGCUCUGUUUCGGUCCCAUUUGAACAUUCGCCUCCGCCACCACGUGAACAGGUAUCGCAUGCAGUGUUGUUUGUCUUUGCUUUAUACAUCUGUCCUGUGCAGCAUCUGCAUGAAGAUGCUUCGAACUACAAAUUAUAAACCACCCUUCGUCUAUACGAAGUUUUAGGUUUUGACACUCACGUUGAUAGAUACAUACAAUCUACUAUCGCUUAAGCAUGUCGUGCGAAAGGCAGCUCCUGCACUGACACCGAGGAAUCCGCAAUGCACCAGGUUGCGGCGAGAGGACCGCGAGAUUCUGUUUGAAGGCGUGGAGUCCUUGUCCCGCGAGGACCUGAUCGACUUGUGUCGAGCGCGGGCGAUUCCGUUCACCGCGGACGUGUCCGUCGAGUCCAUGCGUGAGGGGUUGACCUCGUGGCUGCAGCUGUCCAGCCAUCGGUCUAUACCGGUCUCGGUGUUGCUCUGGAUCCAGACCUACUACCUGAGUGGGAAGGGCAAGUUAGCGGAAGAGGAAAUUCUCACGUCCGUCCAGCAACAAGAGAAGGAGCUGGAGAAGACGCGAAAGGAAGCCGCAACCUCGUCGGAAGGCUCAGCGGAGAAAAACAUUGCCGAUGUCUUGCUUCACGUCACUGAGUUGCCACCCGACAUGUCACACGCAGUGGCGGAAAAAGGUAGUUGAUUUUUUCAUCACUCUGCACAAAAUUUGAGAUGAAUUACGGGCCCGGAAGGUCCUUUCUGUAUUUAUUUUGCAUUCGUUUUUCAGAAGGUAAGGAGGUCUUCGAGAUGAUCAUCGCGAUCGCUUUGAACAAUGAAGCAAUACUCUCACGACCUACAACAGGUUCUGACCUAGCGACCUCUACUGCAGCAAGUGGUGCCGCAGUUUCACCGCCAGCGGGUGGCACAACAGCAGAGGCGGGAAAUAAAACAGCAGCGUCGACUCCGACGAGGCCGAGGAGUGCGGUGCAAGAGGCUCUUCUGGCGUCCGCCUCUCCUGAAGAGCGGGAGGCUGCGAAGCGGGACGCGCAGGCCGAAGCCGAGCGCGCCCAGGAGAUGGCCGAGCGGCUGCAGCGCACAAAGGAGCUGGAGGACGAGUGUCGCCGCAUCGACGAAGAGAACCAAAAGCGGCGGAUGUCGGAGCUGAUCGAGCCCGACUACGAGGCGGAAAUUCUGGACUCGGUCGGCCACGAAAACUUCGCCGAACUGGCGGACGCACAGCCCGGCUCGCCGGAGGAGCAGCUCCGGCGGAAGCAGUCGUUGGAUGACCACCUGCUGGCGGAUUCGGGGAAAGAAGUGCUUCUCGAGCGGAUGGACCGCCAGGAAAGCGAGAUGCGGACCUUGCGCCGCAUCAUCGACAAGCAAGCGGACCUGCUGCAUUCGCAGCUGAACAGUCUUGCCGCGCUGCGCGAGGCCGUGGCAGUGACUUCCGCGGCCGGCAGCUCCGAGGCGGACGCGGUCACCGAUCGAACGCAGCAACUAGAAAGGGUGCUGCUGGACCAGAAAUUUCGGAUCCACGAGGCCGUUGCCCAGUUCAGCACGGGGCUGCGGAGCGUGGAGUCAGAAUACCAGAAAUGGGAGCGGAAAAGGUCGCUCAGAGGGAAUGUUGCCGCAGCUACGGUAUCGCGAAGUAGUGCUAGAGCGCAUGAUUCAGUUCCUUCCUAUAGCGGAAUGAUGUCCGGCUCCGGUGGUGCUGGUAGCGGGAAGAGCAACUCCUCUUCGCUGCACGGUCUCAGUGUCGAGGAGCAAGUUGCGGUGGAACUGCAAAAUCUCAAAAAGCACGGUGGACAGACGCUGCCGCCAAUAGCCGAAACUCCCGCUGCUUCCGAAGACGAUUCUGCGGCGGCGUUCAAAGCAACUGCGGUGGCUGCGGUCACAAACGGAGGCACAGGAAAAAAAUGAGCGGUGGCUCGUCGUCCCUCUAAGUGCUAAAAAAACCACAAACCAGCGCAGGAUGAGGCAGACUGUAUGAUAAAAGAGACUUGCGCAGCACGAAAUGAAUAUGGAAAAGAACAACCCAAAGACGAGUUUGGAAACUCUUCUUUGUAAGCGACACAUGAAUCAGUUUACAGGAAACUGGUCAAGCAAGUUGAAAA